AUGUGUAUUGAGGAGAAGGACGUGAAAAAUUUGGUUACCGUGGACAACCUUCAGAUGGUGGGCCUGAUUCCAUAUCCAGAGAUGUUCAAGCACUGCAUUGCUCCUCCUGCCCCGAAGAGGAAGUCUGGUGAAGGAAGUGGCUCCACUCCCCUGAGCAAGAUGCUCAUGACCAUCUGUCAUGCCCAGCACCGAUCAGUCGACUACAAGGAGUUGAUCAAGGUUUCUUCUUCCAGUCCAGCAACACUUAUAGUUAUCAACGACAUUGCUGCAUAUUUCUUUGGGUUCUUUUUUGGAAGAACCCCAUUGAUCAAAUUAUCUCCAAAAAAAACUUGGGAGGGAUUCAUUGAUGCUUCUGUUACAACUGUCAUAUCUGCAUUUUUGAACAGGACAACUAAAUUGGUGAUCAUGUUGGAUAAAAAUUGGCUACGCUUCAAUAGAGCCUCGGAUGAGUAUAGAGAAGGCGCUAAGAAUUUUGUAGAAAUGUCAGAAAAGCUAGCUGGUUAUCCAGAAAAGUUAUUGUGUCCAUGCAAAGUUUGUCGAAACUUAAGUCACCAAUGUAUUAACAUUUUGUAUGAACACUUAGUCAUUUAUGGGAUUGAUCCAACAUACAAAAUCUGGUUUCAUCAUGGGGAAGAAUUAUCAAGAGAUGAUGAUGUAGAGACAAUGGAAACAUUUGAUUCUUACAACUUGUUUAGGGCUACAAAUAUUGAUGGUUGUGAUUUUGAAAGUCAUCUAGAAGGUCAUGAUGAAAUUUUUAUGGAAAAAAUAGAAGAUGCAGACACUCCAUUAUAUCCACAAUGCACUAAAUAUACUAAGUUAUCGUCAAUUGUUGCAUUGUAUAAGGUUAAAACUACCAAUGGAUGGUCUGACAAAAGUUUUGAUGAAUUGUUAAGACUUUUGAAUGAUAUGUUUCCUUUAGAUAAUAUGAUCCCCAAGUCUAUGUAUGAGGUUCGAAAAUUUCUUCGAUUAUUUGAUUUAGGAUAUGAAAAUAUUCAUGCGUGUGUUAAUGAUUGCUGUUUGUUUAGAAAAGACAAAGAAAACUUGCAAGAAUGUCCAACAUGUGGAACUUCACGUUGGAUGUCAGAUAAGCUGACUAAAAAGGUUCGACAUGGUGUCCCAGCAAAAGUUUUGAGGUACUUUCCUAUAAUCCCUAGGUUGAAACGGAUGUUCAUGUCUAGUAGAAUUUCAAAGGAAUUAAGAUGGCAUCACAACAAUAAAAGUUGCGAUGGAAAAAUGCGUCACCCAGUGGAUUUAGCAGCAUGGGAGCUAGUCAAUGAUAAAUGGCCAUCAUUUUCAAAUGAAGAGAGAAAUAUUAGACUUGGCCUUUCCACAGAUGGAUUUAACCCAUUUAGACCUAAACAGCCUGUGAAUGUUAUUGAUAUAUACUUAGAACCCCUCGUAGAGGACUUGAAAUUAUUAUGGAAUGAGGGUGUUGAUGCUCAUGAUGCAUUGGACAAUACAAAUUUCAAGUUGCGGGCUAUUUUGAUGUGGACAAUCCAAGAUUUUCCAGCAUACGGGAACCUUGCUGGUUGUAAAAAUAAGGGAUGUUUUAGUUGUCCCCUAUGUGGUUAUGGUACUCAUUCAGAGUGGCUAAAACAUAGUGGGAAGUUUUCAUAUCGUGGUCAUCGGAAAUUUCUUAAAGAAGACCAUCCAUUUCGGAGUAAAAGAAGUUGGUUUGAUGGAGAAGUUGAGCAUGGAAAUCCGCCAAGAAUUAUGAAUGGGACUACAAUUGCUGAACACCUUAAAGAUUUUGUGAAUGAAUUGUAUGUUCAUCACAAUUUGGAUGUGAUGCACAUAGAGAAAAAUGUUUGUGAAAGCAUCUGUAAUACAUUGCUAGAUGUUGCUGGAAAAAGUAAAGAUGGACUAAAAACUCGCUUGGAUUUGCAACAUAUGGGUAUUAGGAGUGCAUUACACCCACAAGAGAAGGGGACUAGAACCUAUCUUCCUGCAGCUUUACACACACUAUCAAAGCUUGAGAAAGAAUUAUUUUGUAAAAGGUUGUUCUCAUUGAAAGUACCUGAUGGAUAUAGCUCAAAUAUUCGAAAUUGUGUUUCAAUGGAACAAUGCAAGCUCAUGGGCCUUAAGUCACAUGAUUGCCACAUUUUGAUGCAACAAUUACUACCGGUGGCUAUAAAAGGAUUGAUGCCAUUGGGUCCAAGAGAUGCUAUAAUAAGAUUAUGCACGUUCUUUAAUCGAAUAUGUCAACUUGUUCUUGAUAGAGAAAGCAUAAUGACAUUAGAAAUGAUGUUAUUGAAACUUUAUGCUUACUAG